AGCUUUAAGCGUCAUAUCCGCUUCCUCGCGGUGUUCCGGUGGGAUUUUGUGCUGUGAGCGGAGAAACAAACAAACAGACAAACAAACAGAAACAAACAAGCGGAUUACCGAGCCGGAUUACACCGAAAGAGUGGGGUUCUCAGAGAUGUCGGAGGAUUUGGUGAAACAGUUGAACAGUUACAGAGCUCAGCUCCAGCAGGUUGAGGCGGCUCUCUCCACCGACCCCGACAAUGAGGACCUGCUCAAACUGCAAAAGGACCUGCAGGAGGUGAUCGAGCUCACUAAAGACCUGUUGACAUCUCAGCCAGCGGAGGGCGUCGCUGAUGCUAACAGCUCCGAUGCAGCUCCACCUAAAAGCAGCUGGAAUGUUGGAGAUCGCUGUAUGGCCAUGUGGAGCCAGGAUGGACAGCCGUAUGAGGCAGAGAUUGAGGAGAUUGACGGAGAAAACGGAACGGCUGCUGUGACGUUUCUCGGAUACGGAAACGCUGAGGUGGUUCCUCUGCACACGCUCCGGCCAGCCGAACAGGGCAAGACCAGCAAAGAGGAAGCAGCCAAACCCAAGUCAAAGAAGAAGCUGCUGGCGGAGCAGAGAGAGUACAAGAAGAAGAAAGCUCAGAAGAAAGUUCAGCGUCUGAAGGAGUUGGAGCAGGAGAGAGAAGACCAGAAAUCUAAAUGGCAGCAAUUCAACAAUAAAGCUUACUCCAAAAACAAAAAAGGACAGGUAAAGCGCAGUAUAUUUGCAUCUCCGGAGAGUGUGAACGGUAAAGUCGGAGUGGGGACGUGUGGGAUAGCAGAUAAGCCGAUGACUCAGUACCACGACACCUCCAAAUACAACGUCAGGCACCUCAUGCCCCAGUGAGCUGUGCGAGAGUGAGAGCGUGUGUGUGUGUGUGUGUGUGUGUUUGUGUAUUAUGUAAGUUUGGACUGGAUGCUGUGCAGAUUGAGCAGCAGAUCCCCAGAUUAGAACGCCUUUUUAUUUUGUGUAGUGGAAAGUUGUUUGUUAGAAAUGUAAGAAACAGGAAAUAGCCAAGAUAAACAGGAAAUAGCCCAGAUAACGAUGGGCGGUCAUAAUUUAUGAGUGUUUCACUGCAGCUCUGAUGUUUUCCAGACUAAACCUUCAACUCCACUGGAGGACUUGGGGUCAAAAUGGUCCCUAAGUAACUAAAUUAAGAGGAAAACCGAACCUAAACUAGUCCAAACCCUGAGUCUGACUCUAAUCUAGUCUCUGACUCUUAAGCACAGCUACAGAGUAAGUCCAGUGAGGAUGUUGUGGAGAGUCUGGUGGUUUGGACACUGGGGGGUUUGGAGUCCAGCAGAGCUGCUGAGAAACGUUUCAGCCACUUUAAUGCACAGUGACUUCUUAGUAAAUAAUCCUCAUUUUAAAUGUUUGAUAUGCAAUAAAUAAAUGAAGACAGUUUUGGAGUGAAGUGGCUUUUCUGUGAGAAUCAAACAUCUCUCUGUUUAGUACCCAGUACUUCAGCAAAAUCUGAAGAAAACAAACACUGUGUGCUGAUAAUUCCAUCUCCAUACGCGGACCCUCACCAGCAUCCACAUUCAGAUCAGUUUCCCCCUGCAGUGACAGAGAAACUGGUCCUGAAUCAGCGCUCACGCCUCAUUCUCCUCUGCAGACUUAUGUUUUUUUUUUACAGGAGUCUUUACUGUCUUUGCCAAAGACACUCAGUUCCUGUAGAUGCGGCUAAGAACAUCUGGUGAUGUUCUUCAGGGUAUUUCAUAGAAACGCUUUAAAGGCUGUGGUUAAUGGGCCUCAUUCAUCAAACAUUAUGAAGAAGAAACUUCUUCUUAAACCCACUUACGCAGUUUUGACGAAGAUUUUGACAUUCAUUAAUGUUUUCUUAUUUGGGAUUUGUUCUUAGGUAAGAACAGAAUCUACACACGCUCAAGAGCACAAAGGUGAGAACAGUUCUGCGCUUUAAGAACACGUCAUGAAUCUGACUUUUUCUUAGGACCUUUCUCAAGAACACACUUAAGAACAAGCUUAGGAAGAUAUUGGAGAAUGAGGCUGUGUGUUUUUAUUGCAUGUCAGACAGAUGAUGAAUGCGAUUAUUUGCCAAGAUGUCAACGUGCUGUAAAGAAGUGGUUCAACAAAAAUGUGUAAUUCCUCCAGAAUCCGCCCCCACACCCCCAACACACAUACACACACUUUACCCCAAAAGUAGUCGAGGUUCUUUAGUUUUACAGUCAACACAAGUGACAUUAGCCGUGUAGCUGCAGCGUAAAACCAAACACACCAAACAUGUCUUGGCUGAUGGACUGAAUUUGCAUUAAAAUUGAGGGGGGGGAGGAUUGGUUGGGGGUGGGAUGUUAGGCGGGGUAGGAGGUCUGGGAAAAUGCGGUUUUUCAGUGAACGCUCGCUUUAAGUCUCUGUUUCUCACCUGUUGAAAUAAUUUGAAAUAAUCAGCUGUCUGUCUGUGCUGUAUUAAUUUUGCUUCACAGUUUUGUACCUUUUCAUCAUUACAGACAAUAAAGUUGAUUUUGUUGCUGUUUGUA